GCACGGUGCGGGACUGGACAAAGCAGCGGACACCGAGCGCAUCCGAACCGGGCAUGUGAACAGCGCAACGCCGAGCCGCGGAGGGCAGGGCGAGGCGAGACAAGGCGGGGGACUGCCCAGCCCCGCCUGCCCGCCCCCGGCCAGCCUUCCUCAGGGCUGGAGCGGGACCUUCCCCGGUGAGCGCAGCCCCGCCCGCCGCAGCUCCAGCCGCUGAGUUUGCUCCGGUCCCUCAAUUGUUUCGCUCUCACAAGAACUUUGUUUACAGUCCCUUGUGCAGCGGGCGGCAUCCCCCUCUUAUACUUGCUCCGGGCUGGUGUUCGCUGCAGUCCUGCCCGGCACUCGGGAGGAAACGUCCAUGCUAGAAUAUUGUUACCUCCAGUUCAGCAACAUCUGAAAGCUUCAAAGCCUGGAGCAGCACUUGCAUGACUCCCCCUUGAAUUGACAUACGAGACAUCUCAAACCAUCUUCCUCUGCUAACUGAGCCAAGGGAUUUGUUCCGAUGGAUUUCUUCUGGACCUGUGCACCGUGUGCUCAGCAGUGCCUGCUCUAGCCUAAGAACUGACGGAGUCAAGGCAAUCAAGAUGACAAACGAACCUAUUAAAGAGAUUCUGGGCGCUCCAAAGCAUCCUGGUACUGUAACCAUGGAGAAGUGUAAUAACAAUGACUGUGUGAUAACCACCAUCCCUCUUGUCAGUGAGUGCCAGCUGACCGCAGCAACAGGGGGAGCAGAACUCUCCUGUUACCGCUGUACCAUUCCCUUUGGGGUGGUUAUCCUCAUAGCUGGCAUCGUGGUUACUGCUGUGGCAUACAGCUUUAAUUCUCAUGGAUCAAUCAUCUCAGUGUUUGGAUUAGUCCUUUUGUCAUCAGGACUUCUUUUGCUGGCUUCUAGCGCAGUGUGCUGGAAAAUCAGGCAGCAAAACAAGAAAGCAAAGAGGCGGGAGAGCCAGACAGCGCUUGUGGCAAAUCAGAGAACCUUGUUUGGUUAAAGACAACCAGGAGAAGGCUGGACAGAAGGCAGAACCUUUUGGAAUUUUGCAGGCUGCUGAGGAGAGAAUUGGAGGGACUGUAGAGAUGCAGGGAUUUGCACUACACACGUGGAGCAGCUCAGUCCCAUCGUUCCCAGUCUGUUGUCCUCUGCAGAAGUCUUUUCCAUAUGCGGGUCUUCCCUUCACCAUUGGUGUGAUAGAGGCGAGCUUGUGUAUGGCAUGAGGAAGGGAAACAGAGGUGCAAGGUGAGGCUCUGCUCCAAAUCAAAAGAAAAGGCCAAACUCAAUGGAAUAAGAGGCAAUGGGUUUUGUGGAGUAUUUUUUUCCAGGGAAAGUAUAUAUGAGUCAGAAUUGCUCUGAUACUGCUAGAGAUUUCCCUUAUCUCUACUCUGUUUUAUAUUUGCCCUGAACGUACAAGGACACAGCAGAGUGCCUGCACCACCCUCUGCCUUGCUAAGUGUGGGCAUCCAGGCAUUAAGCAGCAUGUGAGCAGUGACAGCCAGCAUUGUGCUGACCCUAGGUGUGAUGUCCUAGCAAGCAAAGUUUCAGCUACUGCAUGGUCCCAGGAUACCAGCUGGCAGAUAGAUUGAAAGGCCUCUAGGUAAUACAGGGCUGCCUCAGCAAAACUGCUGAGCUCAGCAGCAUCAGCUCUAUUCCAGUGGUACAACAUACAUGCACAAGCCUCUCCAUAUCAAUCAGUGAGUGAAGUCUGUGCAGGACUUCACUCUUGUUUGUGUUUUACUCAGAAAAGCAAAAUAGUAACUUUAUGGGGAAAAAUCCCAGCACUUGGUCUUGGCAUCCUGCAGGAGGAGGCCAGAGGUUGUGAACAGUUUAGUCAGAGACCUCAUGCUGUUGAAGGCGUUUUCACAUACUUCAUCGCUGAAUUGCCACGAGGUCUUAGAAGCUGGCACAGACUUCACCACCAUGAUUUGUGUGCAUUGAUUUUGGGACAAUCUGAAGUAGCAGUAAUAUCUUUUCUGAAUGACCAAUGAUGACAUCCCACACAAGUCUUACAGUCUAUGUUUUUCAUUCCCACAAAUCUAUACAUAACGGACUUUUUCAUUACUGUGCUCUCUCCCUAUGCCCCUGGUGCUGGUUCCAACACAGGAGCAAUACCUUCUUCUUAGCCCUUAAACCCUAAGUUGUUCUGAGGGAGGUGUUACAUGAGUACGUGUGGCAGGUUUGGCCCCUUCAUUUUUCCAGAAACCGGUAAUUUUGUUAGAUCUGAAAUGUUUUUUACAAGGGCACAUCUGCAAUGCUUUUUACAGGGGUCAACCCCCUCAAACUGGUCAGCUACAAACAGCAAAAUUUCAGCUUCAGCUUCUGAACCCCAUGACUGGAUUGAUUUGGGGUUUCAUGCUUGGAUGCUGGGCCAGGCAACCCACCAAGGCUUUGCUACAAAGCCAUAUGGAACUCCAGAACUGCUGUUUGGUGUUUCUCAUGGGAACCUGAGCGGCAGAAGUCAGCCUGGAGGAUGCAACCCUGUGGAGAUCACAAUGACUUUCCAGCUCAGAAACACCUUCCCUUCUGAUGCAAAACCGCUUUGAAUGCGACAAGUGGUAUUUCAGUUCUGGGAGAGGUUGGGUGGGAGCUGAUGCAAAUUUUAUUGUCACAAUUGCUUGUCUCUCCCUUCCUGAAAGCUCUGGCAGCAUUGCACAAGCAAAAUUGCCCUCACAAGGAUAGAAAAUUAUCUAAUAGGGGAAUUGCGCUGGUGCACCGGGCAAACGUUACGGUGAUCUUCAAUAAUAAUUUCAAACCCUAAGCACAGGAAAUUGUGUCUGUAACUACACCCUGUAUUGCUAUUGUACACAAAGCCAGUUAUAGCCUGGGACAGUAUUUAAAAUAAUAAUCAGUUUAGGAUGACAAUGCUCAGUAUUUGUUCAAGUCUAAACGCCCAAUUUACGAUUCCCCAGUCACUAGUGUGUCGUGAUUUGUACGUGACCAUGGGUCUAACACCAGAAUUUGCCAAAAAAAUAAAGAAAGAGAGAAAGAAAGGGUAGAUUCAUGGACUUGUGUUCAAGAGUUAUGUUCCUCUGUCUUGGACACUCGGGAGAGCUCCUGUUACCAAACAAUGAAUGUACAACAUUACUGCAGCUCAACAGAACAGGAACUGGGCUUCGAGUACGGAAUGAAGAAAGGCUUGAGAGUCUCAUCAGGAUCCGGAAGGGUCAGGCCAGGAACAAGCCUCUGGAAUAUCCCGUAUUCUUGCCUCAGCUUUGCUUAUCCGGAGCCAAAGUCCAGGGCUAAUGCUCCUUUAAUCUGACGUGGAGGUUGUUGCAUAUUAUUAGCAGGUUUCACCUGAUUUGUUUUUGAAAUGGGCUCUGAAAUAAGAACAGAACAAUAUUGGCAGCCAUCUUUUAGCAUAUGUAUUUCCAGUACCUCUGAUGCCUGGAAGCUGUAGGAAUUUUUAGCUAUAUCAGUAUAAAUCUUUGUCAAUUACAAAGGGCUUUGAUAUGUAAAAGUACAUUAACAUACCAAGAAUUGCACUGUAUGAUGUGAAACAUUAUAUAAAUCCUGGAAAAGUUCUAUGUGUAGACUGUAUCUUACAGACUAAACCACAUGGGAGAACAAUGGUCUUAAACUGCAGAAUCAACUUGAAUUUUUGGCUUUUAUUCAGGUUGUUGAUGUCACUAUUAACAUGACAGAGGACCUAAUCCUUCCUCUUGUGAGCAGGCAGUUAGAGUCCUAUUGUCCUAACUCCUGCACCCAAAAAUUUGCAUUUGUGGCAAACAUGGUAUUUUUGAAAAACCCUUAUUUUUGUGUUGAUUCCUUCACUUCUUCACUUUCUGUGCUUUGCAGACUAAGAGAAAAAUGUAUUAAACUUUAAAAACAGAGGAAAAGAGGAAAGAGAACACAAAGAACAGAACAGCAAAUGGACACUGCAAAAAGUCAUGGAGGGAUAGCAGAGCUUUACACAAGUACCUUGUUGAAAGAGAUUUGUAUAAAUAUGUAAGUCUUGUUUCUGAUACAUCCUUGCCUGUAUCAGUUUUUUUCCUAUAAAAUAUCUGAAGUCUCCAGGUUAAGAUCAGUGUUAGAUAUCACCUCAUAUUUCUUCUCCUUUUCUGUUUCCUAGGAACCAGUCAGCUCAGUGAAAGGCAGGAGUUUAAUUUCUUACAUCCUUUGCAAUCUAACUGAAAUCAAAUGGCCAUUUGGGAUUUGCAGAGGCAGUGCCCCCGUGCUUUUGGAAGUUAGAAAGCAUUCAGCCACAGUCUACUCUAGAAGAGGUAGGCAUCACAUAGAGGUAAAGAUUUCUGUACUGCAGCAGAAGAUGUCAGUGAAUCAUCUAUUGAAAAAAGUCAGUAACACCAGAGCAGCCCUUCACCACCUCUUCUCAGCCACAUUCCCUUUCAAUCUGAAGGCCCGAGUUUGUGAAUAGAGUUAACAGCUUUCCUGGAAAACUGGCCCAUGACAUUAUUUCCUUGUGAACUCCAUCCACCUGUCAUGUUAGGGCUUGGUGCGACGCCAGCACUGGCAGGAAAUAAUAGGCAGCAGGAUGCUGGUGUGUGUCGAUGGCCCUGACCCUCCCAUUCCUGAACAUGAAUAAGCUUCGCGCUCUCAAGGCGUCACAGCCACAGGGCCCACAGAAACGCAUGGGUGGGAUGCAGAGCCACUAAAAUAACAUCCAACCGCCCUGAGCUGCAGCAACAGAGCUGCAUGGGAAGAGAUGGUGUCACAUUCUUACUGCCGGCUGCUCUUUGUUCUCUCCCCUGCAUUCUGUCUGUGCUGAGGAUAGUACAAUGGCUGCUUAACAAGGAAACAAAAGUACAAAGUAGGCCUGCAUGUGAAUUAGCUGAGAUUCCCCAGAAGAACACAAAAGCUUCAUUGAACAACUUUCACCACUUCAGGAGGGAAAUGCACUGGGUGGGAACAGGAGUUUGAACGGUUUGCAGCUAGCUUUCUCCUGAUACUGCACUGUUGUCUCUGGGAAAGGUAGUUCUCUUCAGUAUUUAGCGGGACAAAUGCUUGGGAGAUUAAAUGAUGAGUUAGGGGAGCCCAAAUCAUCCCUUAGAUGAGACUUGGUUUCAGUUUAUGACAUGGUGCAAACUGAAAUGUGCAUUCUUCAAGAUCACCUCAGUAGCCCCCUGUCAAUCUGGGUAGCUGGUGUCCCAAAAUCCUUCAUAGGCACUGGGCAGAGUGCAGGGAGGAGGAUAGAAAGACUUCUUAUUCCCACUCACUCCUCUGCCAGAUCACACGUGGCAAAAUCUGUUUAGGUUCUCAUACAGCAAUUCUUCUCUGAGCUACUCAAGAGUAUUAAUCUGGAAUAUUAGUUCUCUUGCUCCUCAUCUCAGAGCUGUAAAGGUAGCUAUGCUCUCCUGAAGGACAUCCCAUUUUGAAACUCAAAGUCACUACUCCAUCUGUUUUAAUAUCUUGAGUUGUUCUGGAUUGGUAAAAAAAGAGAAAAGAUCACAUAGACACACACACAUGUGCUCUUUUGACUAGAUGUAAGGACAAAUAGCCUGAGAUAAGUACACUUUUAAUGCUUGCAGCAUAAAAAAUGCACUCCCCCAAAGGAAGCUUCUUCCCAGGGCUGAUGGCUGAGAGCCAGAAUAAUUGCUGGAAGGGCCAGGCAUGUUGGGGCUGGAGCUGGAAUGAAAGUUUGUUUGUAAGCCAGUGCUCACCACCUCCCUGCUCCCUUUGCAGCUUUAUGGGUAAGAAAUGUCUGAUCCCACAAGCUAGCUCUGGCUUCAUGUGGUGAGAUGUCUGUGCCUCUGAAUCAAACCAUGACCAUUUUUCCUCAUCUUCUGUGUAAUGGAAGAGCUGAAAUCUCACUAUACUUCACAUCAUGUAACUCAAGAGCUCCUUAGUUAAGAGUGCUGGAGGCAGAUACACUGUUCAUGAGAAUUGGCUUAGUCUCCUGGAAUCAGUGGGGUAUAUCAUGCAUGACCAUCUGAGUUGCCACUUCUGUUUUGUUUUUAGUUAAACAGAGACAAAGAAAAUGUCAUUCUUUGCCUACCAGCUGAUGGUGCUUGAAAGAAUGACCUUUGCUGUCACCCAAGCAAACAGCUUUUCAGUCAUCACUCUGGCUUCUAAAACAAAUUUGUAAAGAAACAGUCUGAUCUCUUAGCCAUUUUCCUGGAAGUAUUUUUCAUAAGAAAAUCCAAUGACUGGGGCAGUCAUUGCCUGAUCUGGAACAAAACUGGUACAGCUUAGAUUUAAUGAAAUCCAGGCUUGAAGCAAACGAGAUUUGAAGAUGGUUAAGUUAUUGCUAAUGUUGCAGCUCUUAUAAGAUGAAUGAUUACGUGUAAUAGGGUCAACACCUUCAGCUGCCUUUUAAGAUUAGGAAAAAACUCCCAAUAACCAAUAAAACAAACUUCCCUUGGCGAAGUAUUUCAGUACCUGCAUCACAGCAGCUGGAACAUGGCAGUGCCAGCCCAGCACCUUGUUCCGAAUCUCCAGCGCCGCAGGGCUGCCCACACGUCCCCCUUCGCACAGCACCAAGGUCCCGUUGGCCUCCUGCAGCGACACCAAUUUUGGAUAUUUUUGAGCGCCAUCUACUGGAGUUUUACCUGGUUUAUCCCUGCACACAAACUGUGCUGCCUAUGUAUUCAGAGAUGUAUAAUACAGACAGGUAAGAGGUUUGAAGGAUUUCAAAUUGAGGAGGAGAAUGAAAAAGUAAGACUUAAGCACCGCAGUACUCCCACGACUGAUGGGCAUCCCUACAGUGUCACAGCAAGCUCCCAUGUUUUCAUGGUUCUGAUAUUCCACUAUUUCCUAUGGUGAAACAUUUCCAAAUGCUGGACUUACAGCUGGUCUGAAACUCCCAAGGGAUUAGUCUUCCACUGGAAUACGAUGAUCUGAUUAACUCCAAACUUUUCACAGAAAUGUAAGAAUUUUGUUGCUUAUUCAUUUUUCCAGGAAAUUGUAAUAAUGAAAUAUGUUGCAUUUUC